AUCGACUUUUCGUCCUGCCCACCGAGACUGACACGCAUUCGCCGGUGAACGCGGAGUAUUGUCCGUGGUGUCGCCCCGCCGGUUCACGCGCUUCUGCAGCCGUCGGCGCUGGUGUAUGAUCGCUCGUUUGCUCCGUAACGUGUGUCAGAGGGCGCCGAGCUUGUUGUACCGGGUGUCGCUGAUGAUGAAGCCGCAGGUUGUGUUCGUGUUGGGCGGGCCUGGCGCCGGCAAAGGGACCCAGUGCUCCAAAAUCGUGGAGAGCUACAACUACACCCAUUUGUCUGCCGGAGACCUGCUGAGAGCAGAGCGAGCUAGAGAAGGCUCAGAGUUUGGACAGCUCAUUGCCAGCUACAUCAAAGAAGGCAAAAUUGUCCCAGUGGAGAUCACCAUCAACUUACUCAGGAAGGCAAUGGAAGAAACCAUCAAGGGAGAUGAGAAAAAGUUCCGCUUCCUUAUAGAUGGUUUCCCUCGCAAUGAGGACAACCUACAAGGGUGGAACUCUGUCAUGGACGGCAAAGCGGACGUCAAAUUUGUGCUGUUCUUUGACUGCGGCAAUGAGGUUUGCAUUGACAGAUGUUUAGAAAGAGGGAAGAGCAGUGGACGCACAGAUGACAACAGAGAAAGCUUGGAAAAAAGAAUCCAAACCUACUCUCAGUCUACACGACCAAUCAUUGAAUUGUAUGAGAAACUGGGGAAAGUCCGCACUGUAGACGCCUCUCGUUCUGUUGAUGAGGUGUUUGGUGAUGUCAAAGCCAUCCUGGACAAAGAGGGUUGAAUUUUCACAACUGCCAACAUUCAUUUACCUUUUUUAGUUUCUUUUUUUAUCAACUACAAGUACACUAAAAUACGUUUCUAUGUACAUUCAUGACUUUUUACUUUUUGUUGUCCAUCUCUUUUGUAAGCUCUGCACUGUUUGUGAGUGUGUUUGCAGUAUGGAGUGAAUGACAUGUUUAACAGGUAGUCCUUAUCUACUGCGUAUGUGCAGAUGGGCUCACAGCUUUUCUUCACUGUUUUCAUAAUAGUUUGGGGCCUUUGCAUAGGAACAAAAUGAAUUGUUGGCAACAGACACACUAUUAUGUCAAGCAAAGGCACUUAUAGUACUGGAGGUCUCUGUGGAACGGUAAAUAUAUAUCACUUAGGUCUUCAGGGUAUCUUGACGCUGGGAGCAGCCAAAAUGCUUCAGACCAAAUAGUUGUUUGACCUGAUGAUGACUGAUUUUAAGACUUCUGUACUGCAUCCUUAAUAGAACACACAGCUGUCUGGCAUUCAAUGGAAGAAAUAACAAGGUUGGGAGAGUUGCCAUGAUAGUGAUCUGAUAUUAGGACUCAUUCUCUGAUAAGUGUUUGACUUUGUACCAGAACACCUCAAUGUGCUUCACCACUGCUGUGACACCUUCAAGUAGUCGGACUGUAAUAAAAUCUGGAGGGAAGGGUGAGCAUUUUGUUAAAUCUGUACUGUAUCUCGUUGCAGGAGGGUAGAUGAAGAAAAAAUAAAUGUAAAAAAAACUG